AUGUCGGGCCCCGGCGCCGGUCCCUGGGCCCAAGGUGUGGUCGAUUGGUUCCGACACGAACCCCUGCAAGUGGGAGCCGGGAACCUCUUCAAGACUUUUCCUGGGCGCCGAUGUAUCCUUGUAGCACACAAGGGGCGGCUCGUCUACGAGCAUUAUGCCCCCGGCGCCGAUGCCUUCGAGCAGAUUGAGCUGGACAGCGCAGCGAAGACCGUGAGCGCGCUGCUCAUCGGUGUCUUGGUCACGCAAGGCAGGCUGGACAUUGACCGGCCCCUGGCGGAGUAUAAGGUGAAGCCUUCUGCUUACUGGGGUGACCAUGACGAGUACUGGCCGUUGAUCACUGCGCGUCACUUGAUGACUCACACCUCGGGCUUGGGCAAAGGACCCCCAGGAGUGAAAUUCGAAUAUAACAGUGGUGAGCACAUCCAGCACCUCAGCGCCCUGAUCCGAGUGCUCACGUCAGAGCAUUACGCCAGUCCCGUGGACUGGGCAGAGGACCAGUUCGCCAAGCCGUUGGGACUUCCAGGGCUCUUUGACCACGAUGGUCUCGAUGGGGACAUUUCUAUUGGAGGAGGGCAGUUGAUGAGCUGCCCGCAGCUGGCGCGGAUCGGCCAGCUUUUGAUGAACCGGGGCGCUUGGCCGAUGUCUUCGGCACCCGCUUGGCCGCUGGAUUGGCUGCCCUGGGCCAGCAACAAGACCUCGGUGUUUCAGCUGGUCAGCAAGGACUUCAUCCGGGAAAUGACUCGGCCUUCCUUCCCACAGGUCGUGUCCACCUACGGCUUCCUCCUGUGGUUGAACCACGCCACAUCCCCGGAGGACAGCAGCUGUUGCAUGUGCACCUGCGGCGCGUGCUUCGGCGUUCCUGGGCCUCCGAUCUUUGGCAUCAACGAGGAGGCUUGGUUCGCCACGGGUUAUCUCACGAGAUACCUGAUCAUGCUGCCGGAGCGCGAUGCCUUUGUGGUCUCCUUGGGGAUGGAUUUGACGGGUUCUAGCUCCUGUGCAGUCACCUGGUCCUGGUUUUCGAUCACCUAUGACGACUCCUUUGGAGCUCUCCUUCACUACCUGGUGCUGGAAGCUGCCUUGCCACUGCCUGCCUCCACGACCACCCUCACGAGCACCACACUGACCCGAACCUGGACCAGCACUACGAAGACCCUGACCACCUUCACCACCACCUCCGGAACCACGGUUGUCCAGACCACCACCACCUCGCUCACUUCGGCGGGUGGCAACUGGCCCUGGGAUUGGCUUCGGCCCACCACCAGCACCACCACCGCCGGAUGGUGGCCGCUGGCUUUCUUCGACAGCGAGUUCAAAGCAAACUCGACAACCACAACGACCACCUUCGAUCUCUCGACUGUGAUUUACAAUCACGGGACCAGAUCCAACAUAUCUCAUGUGCGCCGUUCGAAGCGCCACAAGAAGAAAGAGCAUGAAGUGGACAAAGGAUACAUGGGCGGAUCGUGCACUUGCAGCUGUCCGGUGGAUCAAGACUUCGGGCGUUGCUACCCUCUGCCUGACGACAUGGUAUUCGGCAAAUGGAGCCAUGGACAGGAGGCCUGCGAUGUCUUCAGCUCCGGGUACCUGCGGUUGGAGGGCUCCUGCCCGAACGUCGGUGUCGUGCAACCCUGCAAGAGUAAUUCCUGGGCCAUCGGUGGCGGCACGCACGACGUUUGUGGGCGGAGCUUCUGGACGGAGGAUAUGGGUUUGAAUUGCUCGCAACUCACUUUUUGCGACAGCAGCGACGGGCAGCCCAUCUUUGUCGACACCCGCCGCCUCGCAACCUGCUCCUGCAACGUCGUGCGGUGGAAGUGCGACUAUGAUUACGAGGCCUGCGAUGGCAACGACACCUACUACCCUCCUGGCUCCCCCGAGCUCGCCCAACGUUUGCUGCAGCACUGGUCCAUAUCGCAGCCUCAUGCUAAAGGAUGGUUCAGCUUCAGCCUGGCUGCCACGGGCUUUGCCCUCGCCGUGGCCCUUAGCUUGGUGGCGAUCGGAGUCCGGCGCCGCCGAAACGAUUUGGGAGAUUACCGCCCAUUGUGA